UCAAACAUGUGGUUCCAAGAUUGUACCAAUGAAGGGCUCAUACCUGUGGUUCUAAUUAUACCAUUUCACUUUUCCAGUUGACAGACAAGGAGCUUGUGGCAAUGAUGAAUUGUGAGAUGGAAGACAAUGACUGCAACCAUGACAAGAACCCAUUAUAUGAUAAUUAUCCAUUCUCCCAUUCCAUGAUGGUUAAUCAAUUAACCGCACAGAUGAAGCUUAUGGGAUCAAGCAGCUCCAACCAACCAUGUGCUACAUCAUUUACAGACCCAGGUCCUUCAAGGCCAUGGCAGCUGUCAUUAGCUGAACGCCCUAUGAUCUGCCCUCAGCAACAGAAUUUAGCCCUUGCUUUUCCAGAUUCUCAGCCAUUCGAGCCUACUGCAGGGCAAGCAGAUGCUAUCGUGACACAUAUUGACCAUGACAAUAGUGCUGUAUCUCCAAUAUUUGAUGAUGCAACUGAUUGCAACAUGGGUCAAUUCCUACAGCUUGGGCUCCCUUCUGGUUGCAGCUCGCACUCCCUGAAUUGAACAUGUGCUGGAAUGGCAUACGCACUAUGCCAGUAGGUCUCUGGCAAGGGUACGGGCACCGAUAUCUAAAUCCUUGUCAAGAUUAAUCAAAUUGCCAUCAUCUUCUUAGAAUGUAUAAUAUGUUAAAUACAAAAUUAGUUUUUUGUCCAACUUCAUUGUCUGUUUAUCAACAUUAUCUUGGCAUUAAUUAUUUUUUAACUUUUUGGGAAAAUGAUCUUGGCAUCAAUUCCUAUAUGA